UUUAUCACAGACCUCCUCUUUGGUUCAACACACCUGCAAUUUUCAGAGGCACAGAAAAAAGCUGUGCUUAGUUGGGCACAUGAAAUGGGCGCUCAAAAUGUGCCUACCUUGUAUGCGCUUCGCAAAGCUCAAGAUCACAUUUGUAGCUGCAUUGGAAAUCCAACUUGCAAGGUUACAGCAUCUUCCGGUAACAUUUUUUAUAUAAACUCAAUCAGCUCUGCAAUUGCUAAGGACUAUUCCAAUCCUCUCACUUGCUUCUGCAUGCAUGACUAUCCUGAAGAUGGGAGAGGGAAUAUGUCGCAAAUGCACCAUGGAUUGAAGAUGCUCCAUGAGCUUCCCAAAGAACUACUUGUCCCAUCCAUUCGUGUCAAUAACAAUAUCUACUUCCGGAAUGAGCUGCUCCAGUUGACAACUGGAUUUUUUAUACCUACACAUUUCUUUCAAGGCAAAAUCUCCAGUCGCAAUGCUGAGCAACCAUCACUGCAGGUCCUUGCAUUGGGACAUCCAGUUGUAUGGACAGAGGCAGGUUUUGCAGUAGAUCCUGAGUGCAUCAUAUUGGAAGUUUCAUUGUUUCAGCAGACCUACAUAGACUUGCAGACUGAUGUGCAUUUGUGUGGCUUUACAUGUGAGUAA